GAUAUAGCCAAUAUUUGUAGCAGACGAAAAACAUAACCUCUUGGUAAAGGAUAACUUGUCAUUGAAGUUACGAAUGAAUUAAAUUACACGUUAUCUGUCAUUAUACGCAUAAUGGCGAAUGACAGGGAAGUAUUGAGAGAAAUUUGGGAUGGUAAAGUUCCUGUUUGUUUCACUCUUGAUCCCGAGGAAAUAUGUGAAUUGCAAGGACCUGAUCCGUAUUAUCUUAUGGUACCUAGGUUAAGUUAUUUUCCGCUCUGUUCAGAUAAGGUACGAAAACAUUUUAUACGACAUAUACAAAGUGACAGCAAACAAGAACACGAGAUGUGGUUAGAGUUUAAUGGUAUCCCCUUGAAAUGGCACUACCCGAUCGGUGUACUUUUGGACAUUUAUUUCAAUGAUAUACAAUUGCCUUGGAAUAUUGUCGUUCACUUCGAUAAAUUUCCAGAGAAUGUGCUGAUGCACUGUCAAAACAAAGAAAUUGUCGAAUCGUAUUUUCUUUCAUGUAUAAAAGAAGCAGAUGUAUUAAAACACAGAGGCCAAGUAGUGUCAAGUAUGCAAAAGAAAGAUCACAAUCAGUUGUGGUCUGGCUUACUGAAUGAUAAGUUUGAUCAGUUUUGGUCUGUGAAUAGAAAACUUAUGGAAGCUACCAACAGUGAAGAGGGUUUCAAAUACAUACCGUUUCGUUGUUAUACGAGCGAAGACAAGUAUGUACAAAAGCUUGUAAAACCUAUGAACGAGGAAGGCCAAAGGAAAACAUUGAGGCAUUUAUUGAAUGAAGUAUUCCCAGAUCAUGAAGAUGCUAAAGUGAUUACUCAUGGCAUUACACCACCUUUGGAAACCCCACUCCAAUGGAUGUCUGAACAUUUAAGCUAUCCUGACAAUUUUCUGCAUUUAAUUUUAACGUCAUAACCCAUAUUGAAACAGCAAGUUUGCUAAUUAUCAAUGAUUUCGCGAGUUCGUUGCUGUUUAUCUUGCCAGUUUUUCUGGCGCUCAAAUCAGAUCCAUCAGUAUGGAUCUUUUUAUGCUCUAUGUCUUUUAUUACAUAUUUAUUUUGUACCAAGUCGUGAAUAUCGCUCUUGUGAAAACAAUGGUUAUAACGCCAAACUAUUAUUGUUGCUUGUAUUUUCGUAACGCUCGAAAGAAUUACGAAUUUUAUCGUAAUCGCAGUGCAGGACUUGUACGUAAGUCGGAUCAACAUCGGACCACAUUUAUUUUAGACCGAAUGAAUUGUAAUUAACGAAAUAUAUUCGGUAACAUGAAACAGCGUACUGUAUAAAUAUAGUUAUAUAAAUUAUUCGUGUAUAUAAACGUACUAAUCAAACCUGUAAUCAGUAUCAUGAAAUUAUUGAUCUACGAGUACUAUAGUGCAAAA